UUCAUUUAGCAGUUGUGUGGUGUGUCUACAUAUACUCAGGUGUGGGCUGGCUGGCACUGACUUGUGCAGGUAUGAAGAGAAAUCGCGCUCAGGCCUGAGAGAGGAGGGAAACUCCAGCACUGCUGUGACCACCACUCUGAUUUCUCACACGAGGGAAACUCACACACCAACGUAUGUAAACAGACACACAGGAUCAACGGAGGAGAGACAACUUUGGAACAAGUAAAAUAAGACACUGCGUGGACGCUGAAAGUCUUCAGCCUCAGAAUGUGAGACAAUCUGGAGGAGAUUCUUCUUCUUCUGUCGUUUGACCAAUGGGUCUGGGAUUCUAAUGUGGCAGUUCAGGCUCUGGGAUGUACAAGAUGUUGCUGUGUUUCUCAGCAUCACUUUAUAUAUUUGUGACCUAGCUGGAGCCAUCUCCAUCCACUCUUCCCAGAGGAGCCUCACCAGGUCAGUGCAGGAGGACGUCUUUUUCUCGGUGGACGUCUCCUGCAGCGGGAUCCCCACCAUACAAUGGAACUUUAUGUCGGCAGUGGUGAGCCGCACCAUAGGGACUUGGCAGCCGGGGGUGUACAGCAACAUAACAGUGGAUUACAGCAGCAGAGUGCAGGCCUACAUCAAUGGCUCCAUGGGCCUGUCAGACCUGCGGCUGCAGGACGCUGGAUUCUACGUGGUCACUGUUACAGAAGCAGGAGGAAGCAGUAAGGAUGUUGGGUUUGUCCUCAAAGUCAAUGAGGUGCUGUAUGAGGAUCUUCAGUACCUGUCUGUCUCUGCCUUGGCUCUGGCCUGCGUGGCCGCCCUCCUCAUGCUCGUCAUGUGGCUCCUGAACAAAGUUUACAAGAGAAUAGUAGCGUGGAGACGCAAGACUCAGAUGCCAGAAAACAAUGAGACGGAGCUGCAGCCUCUCUGACAGACAGACAGACGUACAGGACAUCACACCAGUGCUGCAACACAGGGACUAUUUUUUUUUUUACAUUACAUUGUUGCGCACAAUCCCAAAUACAAAGCUGAUGACACUGGAUUGAAUGUAAAUAUUUCACUCAAAAAUAAAUUCUCUAUUUAUUAUCUCAA